CUUGAUCGUGAUUGGUGGAUGAGGGGCCCCGCACCUGAGGCUGAUCGUCGGUGACACAGACGCACACCGCGCUGGUCCGAGGCCUCACUCUGGACUAAUCAAGCGCACGAUUUAAGAAAUACUCGGUGUGGGUGUCCUUUCUUGGGACUCCCUACCGCUGGUCCCCCCCUGGAGACAUGGAGACAAAGGACAUAAUCAUUUUAGAAGCUGACCCACCUCUCCUCUCUUCAUCACCUCGAGCUUCUAUCUCCCUACAGCCUGAAGAUGUCCCUAAAACUGCCUACGGUGUUGUACCAGUGACUGUCAACAUGGGACCCCCACCUCCGCCUCCUCCUCCACCACCUCCCCCGCCCCCCCCCUCCUUCAUCAUCCCUAUCUGCCCAACCACCUUUUGGCUUCCGAAACAAUCGCAGGUCAAUGAAAAAGCUUAACUGGGACACUAUUCCAAGUCAGCGUGUCCUGGGAAAGAAAAAUGUGUGGACAUCCAGAAAGACUGAGAGGGAUUUGAGACUGGACAUUGAGAGCAUUGAGGAGCUGUUCAGUCAAGUGGACAAACGCACCUCAAUACGCAGGCCCCCUGGGCUAAAAAAUAUUGAUGAUGUUGAUACUGUUAAGGAGCCACAGGUCACUAUUCUUGAUUCCAAAAGAAGUAUGAAUAUUGGUAUUUUUCUCAGACAUUUCAAGAGGCCAGUGACGGACAUUAUCCAGGACAUUUGUCAAGGAAACUGGCUCAGGUUUGGUUCAGGCAAACUGAAAGAGCUUUGUAAACUGCUCCCAGAAGAUACUGAGGUGAAGCAACUGAUGUCAUUCACGGGAAACAUGGCACAGUUACCAGAGGCUGACCAGUUCAUGGUGCAGCUGGUCAGAGUGCCAGGGUAUGUGGAGCGUCUGAAGUCAAUGGUGCUGAGGGAGGAGUUUUUUCCUCUGAUGGAGGAGGUGAAGCACUCUCUGACAGUGCUCUCUGAUGCAGCCAAUGAGCUAUUGGACUGUGAUGACCUGCACUCGGUCAUCCGACUGGUUUUAAAGGCGGGAAAUUACAUGAACGCGGGAGGAUACAGUGCAAAUGCCAUUGGCUUCAGGAUGACUUCUUUACUGAAUCUGGCCGACACCAAAGCGAACAAACCAGGCAUGAAUCUAAUGCACUAUGUGGCCAAGCAAGCAGAGGCCAUUGACCGUGAACUACUGACUUUCCCAGUUCAACUUGAACAUCUUAGAAUGGCUUCAAGAAUGUGCAAAGAGGAGAUGGUUGCAGAGUUUGAACGAGAAGUCAAGAAGAUCAAAGAAGUGAAGCUUUAUGUCAGCAGACAGCCGGACCUGUUUGAACAGAUGGAGACAUUUCUCAUUAGAGCUGACGCCAAGUGUGCUGAUAUUGAGCGCAGUUUGAAGCAGCUGAAUUCUGUGAGUUCUGCUGUGGCUGAAUUCUUCUGUGAGGAUCCAGUCACCUUCAAACUCCAGGAGUGCUGCUCCAUCUUCCACUCUUUCUGCACUCGCUUUGACACUGCUGUGCAGGAAAAUCGUGAGCGAGAAGCAGCCGAGGAGCAGCGCAAACGUAAGGAAAGCAUGCGUCAGUCAACCAAACGCCGGCCCACUGCCUCCUGCCCCCAAACCAACCCCAACGGUGAGCAGGACCCAUCAGGCCUGGAAGACGCUCUGCACAGCUUCCUCUCCUCUGUCCCAGGAAGUAUCUCCAGAUCCAGAAGAAACCUACACCUCGGAUCCUCUCCCAGCUCCCAGUCUGUCAAAGUGGAGUCCAGUCCCCAAACUUCUCAUGACAGACCGGACAAGAAACAAGCCAAACUGAACAAUGAAAGAGGAACAGAGAGUAAGAAGGAUGAGGAGAAGAUACGCGAGUCAAAGCGAAAGGUGCUGCGUCAUCAGAACAGCAGGAGCAGUCUGGAUGGAGACAGAGGGUCUGGCACUCCACGGCGCUCGGAUCGAUCGAACAGACACCCCUCUACCCCCAAGACCCCUCGAAACAAGGACUAUUUCUAUGGCAACGGCGGAAGUGUAGACUCUCCAUGGACCAUCCUGAGCCCGGUUACCUGCACGCACAGAAACUCUCCAGAUCAGAAGAAACUCUCCCAAAAACGGCCCUCCAUUAUAGACGACCCUGACGAUGGUAUUUGGGAGAGUGUUGAGGUCACCUAUUUCCCUGAUUCAACCCUUGAGGAAAGCUUAACUGCCUCCAUAUCAUGUACGCCUGUCAAUUUAAAAUCCAUUUCCCAUGGACCUCUCCACCGCUCUGUGUCAGUAGAUGAGUCCAGAAGGUCGCCCGCCUCUGCGUUUUGGAUCGGAGAUUUUUUCCAGAGAAGUUUUUCACAAAGAUCCUACUCAUCUGGAUCGAGGAGAGACGUGGUAAAAGAUGAUAGUGUCAGAGUUUGUAAAACCUCAAAUCCCUUUGAGAAUCAGGGAAUUAAAUCUUUCUUUAAGCGAAUUGGAAAUAGAAACAAACCAGGAGAAGCUGAUGAGCCCACCAUUUUGAAAUCUUGCACUUGAUAAUUAUCUUAUUUAUGACACGUUAUGCUUUAUAAUUUGCUAUGUUUUAAAUUGUCCUUUUAUUUCUUUUAAAUUUACUCUUCAGCUGAUACAAGGCAACUGUGGACUUGCUUUUAUGAAUGAAGGUGCCCAUUGUGUAAUAGUUUUUUGUCUUUAUCCUUGUGCAUGAAUUAAACUAUUUAUGGCAGUUUUUA